UACUCGAUCGUGAGUAGGAUAUAGUGGAGUAUGACUCAAAAGUGACCAGUCCGCAGCAGAUUGCAGACCAAAUUGACGAUAUGGGCUUCGAAGCGAAAGUAGCCGAGGAAGACAAGGAAACUCAAAAGACUGAUAGAAAACGAGAGCCUCGCUCGGAGAAGAUAAUUUCAAUCGACGAUGUCCUUACUCCUUCGAACGAGACCGUCAGGCAGGUCCAAAUGAAGGAUAUCUUCAAACGAUGCUUCCUGCACAUACAAGGAAUGACGUGCGCCAGUUGUGUGUCGGCCAUCGAAAAACACUGCAAGAAAAUCUACGGUGUCGAGUCGAUUCUGAUCGCACUGCUGGCUGCCAAAGCGGAAGUUAAGUACGAUUAUGGUUUAACCUGCCCAGAGGACAUUGCCAAAUCCAUAACGGACCUCGGUUUCCCGACAGAAGUAAUUGACGAACCAGGAACGGGGGAAGCCGAGGUGGAAAUCGAAAUCUUGGGAAUGACGUGCGGCUCCUGCGUCAACAAGAUUGAAAAAAGCGUUCUUAACAUCCCCGGAGUUCUCUCCGCGUCCGUAGCAUUGGCUCUAAAGAGGGGCAAAUUUAGAUUCAACAACGAAAAGACGGGACCGAGAUCGAUUUGUGAAGCAAUCGAAAACCUCGGCUUCCAGGCGUCAGUAUUGUCCAACAAGGACAAAAUGGCCCACAGCUAUCUUGAGCACAAGGAGGAAAUCCGAAAGUGGCGUAACGCAUUCCUCAUCUCACUUGCUUUCGGAGGUCCUUGCAUGAUCGCCAUGAUCUACUUCAUGAUCCUGAUGGAAACCAAAUCUCACGAGGAUAUGUGCUGCGUGCUUCCGGGUCUUUCCAUGGAAAAUCUGAUCAUGUUCAUCCUAUCAACGCCGGUUCAGUUCUUCGGAGGAUGGCAUUUCUACAUCCAAGCUUAUCGAGCCGUCAAGCACGGAGCCAGUAAUAUGGAUGUCCUGAUAACAAUGGCAACCACCGUCAGCUACAUUUACUCGAUUGGAGUAUUGAUCGCUGCCAUGGCUAUGGAGAUGAAGACCUCGCCGUUGACUUUCUUUGACACACCACCGAUGCUGUUCAUAUUCAUCUCACUUGGUCGCUGGCUUGAGCACAUAGCCAAGGGAAAAACAUCCGAAGCGCUAUCGAAAUUGCUGUCGCUCAAAGCUACCGAAGCAGUAUUGGUAACGUUGGGCGAUGACUUAGCCGUUCUAUCGGAGAAAGUAAUCUCGGUAGAUCUGGUGCAACGAGGGGAUAUACUCAAAGUCGUCCCGGGGAGCAAAGUUCCCGUCGAUGGUAAAGUUCUGUGCGGAAAUUCUACGUGCGACGAGAGUUUGAUCACCGGAGAGUCUAUGCCAGUUCCGAAGAAGAAAAAUUCCGUCGUCAUCGGUGGCUCGAUCAAUCAGAAUGGACUUUUGCUGGUCAUGGCAACGCACACCGGGGAGAAUACCACGUUGGCUCAGAUUGUGAAGCUGGUCGAGGAAGCCCAAACCUCUAAAGCUCCGAUCCAGCAGCUGGCGGACAAGAUCGCUGGAUACUUCGUCCCAUUUGUUGUGGCAGUCUCGGUCGUCACUUUGAUCGGAUGGGUUAUUAGUGGAUACGUGGAUAUUAGUCACAUCCCGAUGUCGGACGCCGCCAAGGAGGGUUUAAAUCGAGAAGAAAUCAUUUUCAGCUAUGCUUUUCGAUGUGCACUGAGCGUGUUGGCAAUUGCGUGUCCUUGUGCACUGGGAUUAGCUACGCCAACUGCCGUCAUGGUGUCCACUGGAGUCGGCGCACUUCAUGGAAUCUUGGUAAAAGGCGCUGGUCCGCUGGAGAAUGCUCACAAGGUGAAGACGGUGGUGUUCGACAAAACCGGUACUAUCACGUACGGAAUGCCAAUGACCUCAAGGGUAUGCUUGUUCGUCAAGCCAAACGUAUGUUCUUUGGCUCGGGCCUUGAGCAUCAUCGGAUCUGCGGAAGUGAACAGUGAACAUCCAAUCGCCACAGCUGUUGUGAAGUUUGUUAAAGAAGCAUUGGAGAUUAAGAGUUUCAGUAAAUGUUCGAAUUUUUCUGCCGUUCCUGGAUGCGGUAUUCGGUGUGUAAUUUCCAAUGUCAACGGAACCUUAAACGAAGGCUUGAGAUCGGAGAAAAUGAAAAACUAUUUGAACUCUUACAAAAACGACUCAAAUUCUGUUACUUUUGUGAGCGGAGCGGCUGUGGAGGAGCUGAUUCCUUCGUUGAGCCCAUCACAGAAAAAUACGAUGGAGCUACAGCAGCUGCUUCAGCUGGAAACCAUCGAGGCAGACACCAGUGUAGAAGCUUUCUCGCGCGUCAACGAGUACAACGUUCUGAUAGGGAACCGAGAGUGGAUGAACCGAAACGCGAUCAUCGUCCCUCCGGAGAUCAACAUCAAGAUGACCGACGAGGAGCAGAUGGGCAAUACGGCGAUCUUGUGUGCGAUCAACAAUCAGCUGAUAUGCAUGAUUUCCGUAUCAGACAUGGUCAAACCGGAGGCACACCUUGCCGUUUAUACGUUGAAGAAGAUGGGCAUUGAGGUGAUUCUGCUGACGGGCGACAACAAAAACACUGCCGGUAACAUAGCCCGUCAGGUCGGAAUCAAUCGGGUGUUUGCCGAGGUGCUUCCUUCGCACAAGGUGGCCAAGAUCCAGCGGAUACAGGAAAAUCGAAUGCGCGUGGCAAUGGUUGGGGAUGGUGUGAACGAUAGUCCGGCACUGGCGCAGGCCGACGUAGGAAUUUCGAUUGCCUCCGGGACGGACGUGGCUGCCGAAGCAGCUGAUGUCGUGUUGAUGAGGAACGACCUACUGGAUGUGGUUGCUUGUCUAGAUUUAUCUCGUAAGACUGUUCGAAAGAUACAUCUCAACUUCCUGUUCGCGAGCAUGUACAAUCUGUUGGGUAUUCCACUGGCGGCGGGUAUUUUCACACCGUUUGGAUUUAUUUUAGAGCCCUGGAUGGCAUCGGCGGCGAUGGCCCUUAGUUCCGUCUCGGUGGUCUGCUCCUCGCUGAUGCUGAAGCUGUACAAGAAACCGACGAAAGCCGCCCUCCAGACGCCGGAAUACAUCGCCCUGGUGGAAGCCGGCGCCAUGCUCGAUCCGGACACCGUGUCCGUGCACCGUGGCCUCGACGACAUCCCGCGGCCUAACUUUGGCCGCUCAACCAGCUCCACUUUAGCCAAACUGUUCAUGCGAUCGCCGAAGGAUUCCAAUGACGAUCGGCUGUUGGCCUCGAGCCAGAUGAUAGACGAUAACGAUUACAGCGUCGGUAUUGUCAAAUCUAUCAACAGUGGCGUCUACAAAGACGCAACCGAACUGCAGAAAUUGUAGUAAACACCCCAGACCGCUGCUCAUCGGCUUCACACAUGUGUGUACUGUGUUUCAUCUAGAACGUGACCCAUCCGAUAAAUAUUUAAACGCGUUAUCAUCUUAAUUGUUCAACUUCAGCAUUUUCUCGGUUCAGCAUCGACCGAGGAACAGCCAUAAUGCUGAAUUCGCGGUAACCGCGGCUUCUCAUUUAAAGUAUCUGCUUUUACUUUAAUAAGUGAUUUUGUGAUAUGCCUUGCAUUGUUUUUGUUUUUUUUUUUCAUACGACACUAUAUUAUAUAUAAACCAUUUUAAUUAUACUCAUUACGUUUGUAUUGCAACGUACUUAUCAUUGACGCACAAAUCCAGCCAGUUGAGGAGUACCAUACCCUUAUUAAGGAGAACAUAAUAUAUAUGUUGUGUAGAUGUGUACAAAGUUAGCGAAACGGAUGAACAGAGCUUUAUAAAUAAAUAUAUUUCUAUUAUAA